UAACGCACUCGACGUCUUUCGUUUCGGUCUGCGUACGGAUCGACCUCGUAAUGGCCAGGAUCUUGUGUGUAGCAGAGAAGCCGUCUAUCGCCAAAGCUGUUGCAAACCAUCUGGGCGGCCAAGCACGAGCUGACAACGUUCGCGGCAUACAGUGGGUGAAGAAUUACAAGUUCGACUACAACUUCCAAUCAUGGGGUCAGAGUUCGGUGACUUUUACGUCCGUGGCUGGCCACAUCCAAAACAUGGAGUUCCAUACUAGAUAUCAAAAAUGGACUGGAUGCCAACCGAGUGAACUCUUUGAUGCCCCAACGGAAGUUUUUGUCGCAAAGGAUAAAAAACCCAUUGCAGACAACAUUGCAUCCCUAGCCGCCCAUGCUACUAUUCUGUUCAUCUGGACCGACUGUGAUCGUGAAGGAGAGCAUAUUGGGUCCCAGGUUCGCGAAAUCGCCCUCAAAGCCAACCCGAACAUGCAAGUUUGGCGGGCAAGGUUCAGCAACAUAGAGCGAGCUCAUAUUAUUCAAGCAGCGGGAAAUCCUAUUCGUUUGGACGAUGCACAAGUUAGCGCUGUUUCCGCUCGCAUUGAAUUGGAUCUCCGCCUAGGCGCAGCUUUUACCAGAAUGCAGACACUGGCACUCCAGAACAUGAUGCCCCAACGCGAUGAUGUUAAAAAAGUCAUCAGCUACGGAUCAUGCCAGUUUCCUACGCUCGGCUUUGUCGUAGAUAGGUAUUUGCGUGUUCGAAAUUUCGUGCCAGAGCCAUUCUGGUACAUCAAAGUGGUGCACGAGAAAGACGGAAUCAAUGUCAAAUUUACAUGGAGGCGGGGUCACCUCUUCGAUCGAAUGGCUGUCAUCAUCAUUUUUGAGCGGUGCGUGUCGGCAAAGGUAGCCAAAGUGACCAAGACAUCCAAAAAGCCAACGAAGAAAUGGAAGCCAUUACCACUAACGACAGUUGAGCUUCAAAAAAUGGGCAGCAAAUUUCUCCGCUUGACAUCUCAAGAUGUCAUGAAAACGGCAGAAGCUUUGUACACCAAAGGCUGGAUCAGUUACCCGCGCACUGAAACGGACCAGUUCGACCGAGGGAUGGAUUUGCGCAAGCUUAUAGAACGGCAGCAGCAAGAUGGACGGUGGGGACCAUUCGCUCAGAGCUUGAUGAAUGGCGGUUUUAAUCAGCCUCGAAACGGGCGAAACAACGACAAGGCUCACCCUCCCAUCCAUCCGGUGAACUACGUGGCACCAACACAACUCAAUGAUAACGAGAGACGUGUCUACGAAUUUGUGGUGCGUCGAUUUCUCGCAUGCUGCUCCGAGGAUGCAGUAGGCGAAGCAACAGAUGUGGAAAUCGAGUACGGAGGAGAGAAUUUCCACGCUCACGGUCUCACGGUGAUAGCGAGGAACUAUCUGGACGUUUACCCAUACGACAAAUGGGAGAGCAGCCAGAAUCUUCCGCAGUACACGGUGGGCGAGCAGCUAGAGCCCAAAGAGUCGAGCAUGGAGGAAGGCAAAACGUCUGCACCCAGCUAUCUGACAGAACCGGAGCUCAUUGCUCUCAUGGACGCCAACGGAAUCGGCACUGAUGCCACGAUGGCUGACCAUAUUGGAAAGAUCAAAGAUCGCGAGUAUGUGAUGGCGCGCGUCAAAGGGGCAGCAGGUGGGAACGGUGGAGACAGCGCGGGUGGUAAUGGAAGAGGGAGAGGCCGAGGCCGAGGCCGCGCAGGAAGAGGAGGACGUGAAGGAGCAGCAGCAGGGCAUGGUGAGGGAGGAGCGGGAGGAGCGGCGAAUGGAGGGGUGCAAGAGUUCAUCCCCACCACGCUGGGGAUAGCACUCAUUGAGGGAUACGACAAUGUGGGGUUCGAGACGAGUUUGAGCAAGCCAUUCUUGCGUAAAGAGAUGGAGGUGCAAAUGAAGGCAAUCUGCGAAGGACGCAGCUCGCGCAACGACGUGGUUCAGCAGAAUCUGGACCAGUACAGAGCCGUGUUCAUACGCACGACGCAGCAGAUCAACGUUCUGAAAGCUGCCAUUACCAAGUACGUUGUGCAGCCGAAUCAGAAUUGA